CUUCAACCACAAUGAAGCCACUGGUCCUACUUUCGCUUGCUGUUAAGCUUUUGGUGGCACGUGAGUUUUACGAAGAACCCGUCGAUUACGAUCCGUGCCCGUGUCCUUGUGCCAAGCUGGAUAACGUGGAAGUCCAACUGGACUUCGAAACAAACGCUAAUUGCGUGAUCCUGGACAGUAAAUAUGGUCGCGGUAUGUUGUAUGGCGAUCAAUACCGGAAUGGUUUGGGUCAACGGUGGGUCUACUACGAUACGAACAGCGCCAGUCACAAGCACAGAAACUACCCGGUCGGUUCCGCCUGGAAGAUCUAUUACCCCUGGCAGAACGUGAGCUCCGAUGCGGACGUUCCGUUAGUGAUCGAAAACAUCCAGUACAAGAUGUUCAUGAUGCCGACCACGGUCAAUCACUACACCUGCAACCACGUGACGCUGGAUCCGUUGAUGUCCGAUCAGGUUCUGUGGUGGAUUUUCCGGGAUUCCGAUAGCUUCAAAAUUCGGAAUCAGGCGACCGGGCAGUGGAUGCACAUUCAUCCGGAUGCCAACUACAAAGGUGGCGCCGACAAGGGCUGGCUCUGUACGGAAAGUGAUCAGCGGAGCGACUCCUCUCGAUUUCCGGGCCUGUUCUCCUUCUAUGCCGACAACUGUUGGCCACUCGAUUACGACAGGGCCGAUGUCACCCAGCGGGGAUCGUUUGGUGUUUUUCCAUGAACGGUUUGGAAAAUGCUUGAAAGUAAACCCAAAGAUUAGAGCACGAGGUUUUCGGAAAAUAAAUUGCAGGGUGAUAAAAAAAUA